AUGGAACGAUGUAUGACAAAAUUUGGUGUGUUUUAUCCAAAACGAUUUUGGUUUGAAUUAUUUAAACUUGAUUUUGAAAUCUAUUAUCAACAACAUUCUGAAUAUCAGCUUCCUAUGAAUAAACAUCAAUUUCAUGAUUCAGGUAUUGUUGAUGAAGGUCUUUCCGAUGAAACUGGUUCAAUAGAAGAUGAUUCAAAACAAAAAGAAAAUUAUUCUGAUGAAAAUGAUACACCAAAAAAACCAAAUCAAUCAUAUCUUGAAAUAAUUGCAGAAGCUAUUUUAAAAGCACCAGAUCGUAUGAUGCAAUUAUAUGAAAUUUAUAAUUAUUUUCAACGAAAAUAUCGAUAUUUUGCUGAAGAUGUUAAUAAAUCAUGGAAAAAUAGUGUACGACAUAAUUUAUCAUUAAAUGAUUGUUUUGUUAAAGCAGGACGUGGAACAAAUGGCAAAGGACAUUAUUGGCGUAUUCAUGAAUUAGCUGAAAGAGAAUUUGAACAAGGUCGUUUUCGUCGUCGUCGUUAUCGUCAACAAAUGCGACAAUUACAAAUGCAUACUCAAACAUAUGAUACUCAAUCGAUGUCAUCAUUUUAUCCUCCAACAUCAUAUUAUAUGUGUUCACCACCACCAUCAUAUCAUAGUAUUUAUCAAACUCCAAAUAAUUCAUCAGAAAAUCAUUCAAUUAGUCCAUUAGAAUCAUCAACAACAAUGCCAAAUUUUUGUAUGACACCAACAACACCGAAUUCCUAUCCAUUAUAUGAUCCAUAUUCAUCAUCUUAUUAUACAACAAGUUAUCAACAACAGCAACAUCAUCAUCCGAUGGCUUUGUCAUAUGCAAGUCCAAAUGAAUCAGCAUCAUUCUGA